UCAGGGAAUGAGUAACCAGCUGACGCUGUUGGGGACUCGUGAUAACCAUUAUGAGAACAUGGUGAGGAUGUACUCAAACUGCUCCGUGGUCCUGGAGAACCUGGAGGUCACCUACACCCUGGAGCACCAGGACCUGUCCUUCCUCCAGUCCAUCCAGGAAGUCGGCGGCUAUGUUCUGAUCGCCAUGAACGAGGCUGCGAGCAUCCCGUUGGUCAAUCUGAGGCUGAUCCGGGGCCAGAACCUCUACCAGAGCCGGUUCGCUCUGCUGGUGAUGUCCAACUACAACAGAAACCACUCGUCUGCAACCCUCAACUAUACCAGCGGCCUGAAACAGCUGCAGCUCAGCAGUCUGACGGAGAUCCUGAAAGGAGGGGUAAAGAUGACCCACAAUCCCUUGCUGUGUAACACUGAGACCAUCCAGUGGUGGGACAUCCUGGACAAAGACAGCAAUCCCAGCAUGCUUUUCAAGAUGGAAAACGUAACAACACAUAAAUGUGAGAAGUGUGAUCCGGGGUGUGUUAAUGGUUCGUGUUGGGCAGCAGGACCGGAGCACUGCCAGAGAUUCACCAAGCUGCAGUGUGCCGAGCAGUGCAGCAGAAGGUGUCGGGGUCCAAAACCCAUCGACUGUUGUAAUGAACACUGUGCUGCUGGCUGCACCGGACCUCGAGCCACCGAUUGCCUGGCCUGCAGAGAUUUUAAUGAUGACGGAACCUGUAAAGACGCUUGUCCUGCUCUGACAAUCUACGACCCCAAAACCCACCAGGUGGUCAACAAUCCCAAAGCCAAGUUCACUUUCGGAGCAACCUGCGUCAAGGCCUGCCCACAUAACUACGUGGUGACAGGUGGAUCAUGUGUACGCACCUGCAGCGCUGGAAUGUACGAGGUGGAGGAAAACGGGGUCCAACGCUGCAAAGCCUGCGACGGGCCCUGUCCUAAAGCCUGUGACGGAGUCGGGGUUGGCGCUCUGAUCAACACCAUAGCCGUCAACGCCUCCAACAUCGAAUCCUUCAGGAACUGCACGAAGAUCAACGGGGACAUCUACCUCAUUGAAACCUCCUUUACUGGGGACGCGCACUACAAAAUCCCCCCCAUGGACCCGGCUAAACUGGAGUACUUCAGGACGGUGAAGGAAAUCACAGGUUUCCUGAUGAUCCAGUACUGGCCGGAGAAUCUGACCUCUCUUUCAGUGUUUGAGAACCUGGAGAUUAUCAGAGGAAGAACAACACACGUUCAGCACAGUUUGGUAGUGGUGAAGGCGAAGCACCUCCGCUGGCUGGGUCUGCGCUCUCUGAAGGAGGUAAGUGCCGGGCAGGUGAUAUUGAAGGACAACUCUCAGCUCUGCUACACCGGGCGCGACCAGUGGACCCGCCUCUUCAGAUCCAGUGACCAGAAAAUCAGCAUGCGCAACAACGGCCCACCAGACGUGUGCAAACAACAGAAUCAAACCUGCGACACAGAGUGCACAGAUGAGGGCUGCUGGGGUCCAGGUCCCACCAUGUGUGUCUCCUGUCAGCAUUUCGACCGAAGGGGGCGCUGUGUGGCGUUCUGUAACCUGCUGCAGGGGGAGCCCAGAGAGGUCGAGGUGAACAGCAGCUGUGUGGAGUGUCACCCAGAGUGUCUCCUUAAGACCGGGAUCCCGACCUGCCACGGACCGGGUCCAGACCAGUGUUCCCAGUGCACCCAUUUUAAAGAUGGCCCCCACUGCGUGCUGCGCUGCCCCCACGGUAUGCUGGGAGAUGGAGAUACGCUGAUCUGGAAAUACCCUGACAACACAGGCCAGUGCCAGUCCUGUCACCAGAACUGCACCCAGGGGUGUUCAGGCCCUGGACUGUCUGGAUGCACUGGUGCUGCCACCCACUCCACGUUGGCGGUGGGCGUAGUUGGUGGGCUCUUGAUUGCUGUCAUCGUGUCACUGGUAAUCUUUGUGUUGCUACGGCGACAAAGAAUCAGGAGGAAGAGGACCCUACGUCGCCUGCUACAGGAGAGAGAGCUGGUGGAGCCGUUGACGCCGAGCGGUGAAGCUCCUAACCAGGCACUGCUGAGGAUGCUGAAGGAGACGGAGUUUAAGAAAAUCAGGGUGCUUGGCUCUGGAGCCUUUGGGACCGUCUUCAAGGGUCUAUGGAUCCCAGAAGGAGAGGAUGUGAGGAUUCCAGUGGCCAUCAAAGUUCUCCGAGAGGCUACAUCACCUAAAGCUAACAAAGAAAUCCUGGAUGAGGCGUAUGUGAUGGCGAGCGUGGAUCAUCCUCAUGUGUGUCGUCUGCUGGGGAUCUGCCUGACAUCGUCGGUCCAGCUGGUGACUCAGCUGAUGCAGUACGGCUGCUUGCUGGACUAUGUCCGACACCACAGGGACCACGUUGGUGCUCAGUGGCUGCUGAACUGGUGUGUCCAGAUCGCCAAGGGGAUGAACUACCUGGAGGAACGCCACCUAGUACAUCGAGACCUGGCAGCGAGGAACGUCCUGGUGAAAACUCCUAACCAUGUCAAGAUCACUGACUUUGGCCUGGCCAAGCUGCUGACGGCUGACGAGAAGGAGUACCAUGCUGAUGGAGGAAAGGUUCCCAUUAAGUGGAUGGCAUUAGAGUCGAUCCUUCAGUGGACUUACACACAUCAGAGUGAUGUCUGGAGCUAUGGUGUGACAGUGUGGGAGUUGAUGACGUUUGGUUCUAAACCAUACGACGGCAUCCCGGCCAGUGAGAUUGCCUCGGUUCUGGAGAGAGGAGACCGGCUACCCCAGCCCCCCAUCUGCACCAUCGAUGUCUACAUGAUUAUGGUCAAAUGUUGGAUGAUCGACCCGUCCAGUCGUCCCAGGUUCAGAGAGCUGAUAGCAGAGUUCUCAAAAAUGGCCAGAGAUCCAUCCAGAUACCUGGUCAUACAGGGCGACCUCCCCAGUCCGACAGACAGCAGGUUUUACUCCCGCCUGCUCAGCUCAGAUGACAUGGAGGAUGUGGUCGAUGCGGACGAAUACCUGCUACCUUACAAAGGACUGGGUAACCAUGACAACCGUCCCUGCAAUGCCACGAAUGGGCGUCCAGUCAGAGAGAACAGCAUCGCGUUACGUUACAUCACUGAUCCCACUCACAACUCACUGGAUAAAGAAGACUUUACCGGCCAUGAGUACAUGAACCAGAGUUUGAGUGAAACCAGCCGCAGCAGCAGGCUGUCGGAGGUUUUGAAUCCCAACUACGAGGACCUGAGCCUGGGCUGGGGUGCUGCCUCGCUCCCGUUCCCACUGGAUGAUCUGAAGCCUUUUGUCCGAGUUCCUGAGGGACCUGAAUACCUGAACACCGCCCGAAGCUCACUCCCCCUGGCCACGAGCGACAGCCUGGAGAACCCGGACUACCAGGCUAACUUCCAGCCGCAGGCCACGCCCAACACCAUCUCAUUAACGGGGAAUGGCCUGUUUCUCCCGGCAGCGGAGAACCUCGAGUACCUGGGUCUGGGUGCUGCACUGCACGCCCCUGUCCGCUAGGGGGCAGUAACAUUCAUGCACUUCAAACUGAAGCUAGGAGUUUCUUUGGAACUAAAAUAUCGCCUACUUUGAUCUAGGCUGCUGACAGUAUUUAAGUAAGCUGUUUUAUUGUACAUUUGUCCAGGAAAUGCUGACUGACAGCAGCAGCUUCUGCUACACCGGAACACAACCUGCACACUGAGUGUUGCUUAACGGCAGCCAGACAGCAGUCACUGAGAAGGAGAACCAGGAUUUUCCCAGGGAUUUAAACUCACAAACGGGAUGUUUUGUUGAACUUUUAAAUGGCUUCAUUAACUUGUUUGAUGUCUCAAACAGACAGAAAUAUUACCAUUUCGGACCCUCUGGGAAAGACACUGCUGCAUGACGGAUUCAAAAUCCAAGAGGUACCAAGCGGCAAACUCUGCGGGAGCAAUGAACACUGAAGUAACAUAUUAAAACUCAACUUUAUAGCAGAAAUAAACAUGUUUCCAGCCUGGUGCAAGAAAACACUUUUUUGGUCUCUUUAGCUAAUUUCCCCGUUAAUGACAACUGUACAAGGGGUGAUUUUUUGAUAACUCACCCCUUUAAAUUAUGUUAAGGCUUAAAAUUGACAGGUGGUUGCCGUCACAGGUGGCUGUUUUCAAUAACCACGCUCAUAGUAUAAUUAGCAUAAUUAGCAUCUUUGCCCCAUUUUUGGAUUAGCCGGGAGCCGGUGGAGUCUUAACUGCUAACAUGGCAAUGGCCAGAGCCGACCACACAGUGGCUCUUCAGAGACUCACAGUCUUUGUCUAUUUUUAAUUCUAGUCUAUGAGAGGCACAUUGACCCACUUCUAUCUUUCCUUUGCAUGAGUUUGUUUGUCGAUGCUAAAAAAAUUAGGAAAUGUUUUGGAAAUUCAUAAACUGACAUUAGCAAACGAGCACAGAAGUUUAAAAAAGUGCAGAAGCGAAGUGGGUUCACCAAAGAAUAAAACUGGAGAAUUUUCGGAAAAAGUUACAAGUUACAUGAUCUGUAUCGCUUCAUGUAGUCUUGAUAAAGGUUGCGAGGGAACAGUAUUAAGGAGCACAUUAUGGAUCUGCAGCUGCAUCUGGCUUUAUCCAGCACAGUGGCGCCCCCAGCUGCUGGUGUGAAAGCUCUGCAGCUCAUGUCCAAGGACAACACUUUAUUUAUUUAUUCAGCAUUUAUAGGCGAUUUUUAUUUAGCACAUUAUAAUGUAGUAAUGAGCAGACAUAAGGAUAAUUUUAAGUGUAUAUUAAUUUUACUGUAUUUGUCAACAAGUAUUACAGCUGUGUUUUAAAAUACUCAUUGGGAGUUAUAGUUGUUAACAAAUACAUUUGUAAAAACUUAGAUCUGCUAACAGGUACAUUACAGUGUGUUAUAAACCAUGUUGUGUUUGUAAAUGCUAAAUAGGAGUGUUACCAUUUAUUCUGGUCAUUAGAUCUGUUAAAUGAUUAGUUUUUAGUGUAACACUUUUUGUGUUAUAACUAGGGGUGUAUUGAAAAAUAACGUACAUUUUGCUUUGUGAUAUUGAUUCUCAGGAACACAACCGAUUUUUAUUUCGGGUUUAAAGCUCUGAAAGCUAGAUCACAGUGUUGUAAACCGAGGACUAUCAUGUUGGAUGGGACUACAAUAAGUACAAAUCCAGAUCCCUGCGUAAACCUUUCUCUACUCAGAUUUUAUGCAGAUGAUGGUGUAUUCUUUACACUAUAACACUUUGCCUGAAUUUCUUUUUACAUUUUUUUUUGGAAACAUCGCAAUAUAUCUGUUUGCUUACAGUAUUGCAAUAUAUUGAACCAUUACCUUUGUAUGGCCAUGCACCAGAUUUUUGACAAUUCAUAGCCCUAGUUAUAACAACAUAUCACGUUAUUCUGUUAAAUCACAAAAAGAGCAAUAUGCUGCCGAUCCUAAACUUCAAACUCAUCUAUUUCCAUGGAAUGCCUCUGCUUAGGAAAUCUUUCAUACUUGAUCUUCUAAAGUCCGAAGCUCUUGAUUUAAAACUUUGGUCCAUAAAAAGUGCUAAAUUGAAGCCACAGCGAUUCAAUUGAAGAAUAGUCGUGUUCAUAAAAACUUCAAAGAAGAAUAUUGUUAGCAGUUAUAUAAAGCGUUCGGUUCUACAUCGGAUGUCACAGUUUUUAAGCCAGAGCGCAGAUUCUCAAAGACUCCUCAGCUCUUCAGUGCAGUUUGCUGUUAGAUGAGAGAACUGAAGUGGAAACAUUUUUUAUGUCAUGCUGCAGACAUUUUGAAAGUUUCUGUUUAGCUUGGUUUUGUUUUAUUUGGAUUUCUUGUGGCUAAUACACUGCAACAGCCGGAGUUUGUGGUUUAUUGUGUACAUAGAAGGAGGAGUGGAGUUUCUCUUUGGAGAGAUAAACAGUGUUUCUGUCAGACAGGUGAACUAAUCAUGGGAUAAUCAGAGAUACAGAAACAUAGAUACUUAAUUUGAUGCUGGUGUAAGUCUGCACGGUUGCUAUUUUAGGGUCAAGAUCUGUCAGUUAACAAUACUGAGAAAUGCAGACUGCACUAAGAUAUCGACUGUAACUCGCUUAAUUCUAAACCCAUUUUCAUGAAAUUUGGUUUGUUAUAAAGGUGAGGCAUUGUACUUAAAUCGUUUCAUUAGUAAAAUAAAUAAAGUAACAACAUUUUGGUUGACCUGCUAUGUUUUUUAGUUAAUUAUCUAUCACUACUGAUUGUUCAGUGAUUUAGAUAAAUAGAGAUUUAUUACCUGACAUUUUUAGUGGUCAAUCAUAGUCUUUCUGACUCCAGUCUUCAAUCUUCUAGUAAAGUUAAACUUAAAAGGUUGAGGUGGCUGUUAAACAUUUUACUGAUGCGUUUCUCAGUUUUUCAAUAAUGCUUAAUUUUCUGUGAGUAUAAGUUCUGUAAAAUGUCAGCUGCACAAGCAAAACCGCCAUUUUUUAACAGGAAAUCAUUUAAUUCAACAUUCAUGAGAUCCAAAUGGUGACAGUUGAUAUUGCGAUUGCACACUCACAUCAAACUGAGAACGGAGUAUCUUCGUUUCUCUAUCUGUGGAAAUAACGGUGUAAAGAUUAACAUUUGGGUUCACGUGGUAAAUUCACUAAAUCUUCUGUCGUUAUUUGACUUGAAACUUGAGUUAAAUUUAGAUUUCUUGUUUUACAUAUGUACCCACAUUGAUGAUUUGGUGUAAAACGUUUUUUAUUCUGCUUUUACUUGACAAGAAUGAGCCAAACUCUGACUGUACGAACUAUUACUUCUUGUUACACUGCUGUUAGAGGAACUGUACGGAAGCUGAGACACUGGUUGAUUAUUCUUCAGGUUCUUAAGGGCAUUUUAUCUCAAAAUGUUUGUUGCUGCACAUCUUAAAAAAGUGUUAUUACAAAGAAAGCUUUUUGGAGACUUUUUUCUCACUCAAAUGUGAAAAGAAUCCAUAGAAACAAAAAGCAUCAAUUCAAUCAUAUUCAUCCUGUUGUUCACGGCGCAAUAAUAAUUUCUCAAAAAAAAGUAAAAAGAAAAGAUGUUUGUUUAUAUGAGUUGAUUAGCUGGAGAUGGACAAGGAGGUGACAACAGCAGACAAAGGUCAAAUAAUGGAAAACAAGAUAGAUAUCAAACUUUUUUUAAUUGUUUUUUAACACAACAAAAAAAGAUAAAGAGUGACAGCACAAACGUUAACAUUGCUUAGGGUUAGGGUUAGGGUUAAAAAAAGAAAUAAGGCAUAAGGUAAAGAAAAAGGACAAAAAUUAAUAAAAGUCUUUUCUAUCUUUCUAAAAUAAUUGUGUACAGACUAGACCAAGAAAUAGUGGUUAAAAUUUUAUUUUAUUUUAUGUAUAGCUGGUGAUAACACCCCACAUUAGGUAAAGGGGUGUAAAGGACCAUUUAUACAGUGUACAGUCUAGUG